AUGCGCCGGAUCAAAAGACCACCCUCCUCACCCCCCCGCCUCCCACCUGAAGACCAGAACAAGGGCGCUCUGUUUUCAGGGAGAUUCACGGUUCUCAUUUUCUCUACAAUAAAGGGGUUAUUCAGCACUUCAGCUCUUAGCAUCAUCGGAAUCCUCAGCAUCAUCAGCAUACUUAUCAUCCUCAACAUCCUCAACAUCCUCAGGGUCCUCAGCAUCCUCAGCAUCAUCAGCAUCCUCAUUAACAUCUUCAACAUCCUCAACAUCCUCAGGGUCCUCAGCAUCAUCAGCGUCCUCAUUAACAUCUUCAACAUCCUCAGCCUCCUCAGGGUCCUCAGCAUCCUCAGCAUCAUCAGCAUCCUCAACAUCCUCAGGGUCCUCAGCAUCAUCAGCAUCAUCAGCAUCCUCAUUAACAUCUUCAACAUCCUCAACAUCCUCAGGGUCCUCAGCAUCCUCAGCAUCAUCACUUCCUCAGCAUCCUCAGCUUCCUCAGCAUCCUCAGCAUCCUCAGCAUCCUCAAGAUCCUCAGCUUCCUCAGCAUCCUCAAGAUCCUCAGCUUCCUCAAGAUCCUCAGCUUCCUCAGCGUCCUCAGCUUCCUCAGCGUCCUCAGCUUCCUCAGCGUCCUCAGCUUCCUCAGCUUCCUCAGCUUCCUCAGCUUCCUCAGCGUCCUCAGCAUCCUCAGCUUCCUCAGCUUCCUCAGCAUCCUCAGCGUCCUCAGCUUCCUCAGCUUCCUCAGCUUCCUCAGCAUCCUCAGCAUCCUCAAGAUCCUCAGCUUCCUCAGCAUCCUCAAGAUCCUCAGCUUCCUCAGCGUCCUCAGCUUCCUCAGCGUCCUCAGCAUCCUCAGCUUCCUCAGCAUCCUCAGCAUCCUCAAGAUCCUCAGCUUCCUCAGCAUCCUCAAGAUCCUCAGCUUCCUCAGCUUCCUCAGCUUCCUCAGCUUCCUCAGUAUCCUCAGCAUCCUCAGCAUCCUCAGCAUCCUCAAGAUCCUCAGCUUCCUCAGCUUCCUCAGCUUCCUCAGCUUCCUCAGCAUCCUCAGCAUCCUCAGCAUCCUCAGCUUUCUCAGCGUCCUCAGCAUCCCCAGCAUCCUCAGCAUUAAGCUUUUUAUCAUCACCAUACUGA